AUGGCACCAAAACGUAAAAGUGCUCGAAUUGAAGCACAGGCUGCUGUUCCGAAGAAACAACUAGCCAGAAACAAGACGGUAUCCACGACUCAAUUAAACAAAGCUCUCUCGGAUUUGAAGCUUGCGCAAUAUGAGUUAAAAAGAAACAAAAUGCGGCAUGCAUUGGAAUCAGAAGAGAAAGAUGAUGAACUUGAGAUGCUGAAAACAGAUAAUCAUGCAUUGGAGAAAGAAAUUAAACAAUUCAAGAAUUGUAAGGAUACCAAGAAAGCAACGGAAAAGAUGCAGGCAGAGUACAAGAAAAUAGAACAGAGCCGGAAAAGAAUGUUAGAAGCCCAAUCGCUUCUGGGAGCUGAGCAAGAGAAGAAGUUUAAAGAGGCCAAGCCAUGGAGACAGUGUGAGAUUUGUACUGAGGAGUUCACAAAGACGGGCGCACGAUCUCCACGUACCAUGUCCUGCGGACACACUUUCUGCCUCACAUGCCUCGAAAGCAUGAAAGAGACAUACUUCAGAACACAAAUCAGAUGCCCAACUGAUAGAAAAUACAUGUAUUGCAAGGAUGGAGAUCUCAAGAAGCUUCCUAUCAAUUAUCUAGCUCUUCACAUGUGA